AAUGCUUCUCGCGCCAGUGUUAGCAACGCCAAAAUUCUUGCUGAAGAACAGCUGAUUGGACUCGAAUGUGCCGCUUUUGUUUACGCGCGAGUCGUGUUGCGAAAUCGAAGAGUCAUAUUCGGUUUUUAACUCGACUUGGUAGCAGCGUCAUGGGCAGCAAGCGGACGGAGAAUGAGGACAAUAGAUUGGACACAUUUCGACGCGUUUGUGAUGAAAUAGCUGCGGAGUCAAGCUACCUUAAGAAGGUUGAAAAACUACAGAAUUUCUUUGAAAAGGGGACCAGUGGCUCUGGCUUCGAGGGCGACACAUUGCUGUGGGUGCAGUUUCUGAUACCAGUAGCCAACCAACGCGUCUACAAUUUGCAGAACAAGGCGCUGAUAAAACUAUUCUCACGCAUUUUCAAUGCCAACCAGCAGCAAAUGCACCUUGAUCUGGAGCAGGAUGGAGACGUGUCUGAGACUCUACGCAAGAAUUUUGCCGACUCAAGCAAACUCAAGCCGCAGAAGCAGAGUAAACUCUACUUGCAUGAAGUGGAGAAGCUGCUCACACAGCUGGAGGAGCGCACCAAAGAGGAUGAACAAACGGAACUGUUGCAGGAGCUGUGCAAGAAGGCAACCGAUCUGGAUUUACGCACCUUCAUCAGACUGGUCAAACAGGAUCUACGUAUAAAUGCACGGGCCAGACAUAUUCUGGAUGCCUUUGGUCCUGACGCCUAUCCCGCCUAUCAAUCUUCUCGCGACCUAUCAGCCAUCGUGGAUCAGUUUUCUGGCAAAGGAAACAAGACCUCGACCCUAGGCCAAGUUAAGAAGACAAAGAAAGUGGGAUUGAGCGGCGGUGGGAUUCAAGUAAUGACCCCCAUAUCGCCAAUGCUAGCUAAUGCCUGCAAGUCUGUGGAGGAGGCAUUCAAAAAGAGCCCCAGCGGGCUGUACGGUGAAGUCAAAUACGAUGGCGAGCGUGUACAAAUCCACAAGCAAGGAACCGAAUUUAAGUUCUUUAGUCGUAAUCUGAAGCCUGUGAUGGAUCACAAAAUCAAAGCUUUAAAGGACCACAUACCACGAGCCUUCCCAGGCGCCGGCGAUAUGAUUCUAGACUCUGAGAUAAUACUGGUGGACACAGAGUCGGGUGCCAUGCUACCGUUUGGCACUUUGGGUGCGCAUAAAAAACAGACAUUUGCCAACGCUUCGGUUUGUCUGUUUGUCUUUGAUUGCAUACUCUACGAUGGUGAGGAUCUGACACAGCUUGAAUUCCAUAAACGUCGCAAGAUACUCGAGGAAAACAUCAAUCCCUUGAAAUCCUAUGUGCAGCUGUCAGAAUCUCAAUUUCUGAAGACAAAGAACGAGCUGGCAAUGAUGACGGCCAAGGUUUUGCAUGCCAAUCUGGAGGGUGUCGUAUUGAAGAGUCCUAAUGGCAUCUACCAGCCCGGCAAGCGCAACUGGCUAAAGGUCAAAAAGGAUUACCUUUUCGAAGGUAAAAUGGCAGACACAGCGGAUCUAGUUGUGCUGGGUGCGUGGUAUGGUUCUGGGAAAAAGGGAGGUGUGCUCAGCAUCUUUUUGAUGGGAUGCUACGAUGCGCGUGAUCGUCUGUGGAAAACUGUGACGAAAGUCCACUCUGGCCUGGACGAUGCCACCAACGAGGAGAUACAUGGUUCGCUGAUGAAGCUAACAGAGCGAGCUGAUGCCAAUAAAACCCCCAAUUGGCUGCUGUGCAAAAAGUCUCUGGUGCCAGAUGUCCUGGCCAAGGAUCCUGCAAGCAUGCCUGUGUGGGAGAUCACUGGAGCUGAGUUUACCAAGUCCGAGGCACACACAGCGGCAGGCAUCUCGAUACGCUUUCCAAGGAUAACACGUCUGCGCAGCGAUAAAACAGCGAAAGAGGCCAAUGAUUUGGCUCAUUUGGAAGACUUGUACGAUGCCUCCAAGAAGAAUGUUAACGUGGAUCUGCUGUUAGCCAAUUGCGAUGAGGAUGCGCUCAAUGGUAAACCAAAUCCAGAAAAGACGCCCCAAAAAGUAACGCCAGCCAUCAAUACCCGGUCAAAUAGUAAUAAAAAACUAAAGAGAUCGCCCAUUGAAUCGGAUGAUGACGACAAAGCAGGACCUCCACCAACGCCGAGCAAACGCAAAAUACCAAAGAAAGAAACUUCUCCUUCUCAAAAGGGCCUUAAAGAUUAUUUCAAGCCCAGCAAAUCCGAAAUAAAAACUGAAGUAAAGCUGGAGGAAAAAGUAACCGAGCCCAUAAGCGUGGAGAGUCAGUUAUUUGCGGGUCUUGUGGCUCAAUUUGAUUUAGACCAAGACCUGGUGAAAUUUAGAGAUGAAUUUGUCAGACACGGAGGUUCUCUUACAACGGAUACAAAAAAGGCAGACCUGGUUUUUUACGAUGCAGACAAAGCUGUGGAUUUGGAAAAGCUGAGGUCUCUUUACCGCCGCAGCUGUCGUCAUCUGAACGUCCGCUGGCUCCAUUCAUCCAUUGAGAAUGAGAGUCGACAACCUUAUCCGCUCUAUGCUGUAUUGCUUAAAUGCUGAGUGUUUGCUUUGUUUCAUUCAUUUCUACAUACGAUUAUAUUAGGUUAAUAGAUUAAAUUAUAUACUAUA